GCAUUAUCUAUUUGAAGUCGCACCUCGGGCGGUACUUGUCGGUGGACACGUUCGGUAAUGUAUUGUGUGAAUCCGAGGAGCGAGACGCCGGCAGCAGGUUCCAGAUCAGCAUCACCGACGAUAACUCGGGGCGCUGGGCGCUGAAGAAUGAACAACGCGGCUACUUUCUCGGCGGCACGCCUGAAAAACUAACUUGUACGGCAAAGGCACCGGGCAAAAGCGAGCUUUGGAGCGUUCAUCUGGCCGCCAGGCCACAGGUGAAUCUGCGAUCUGUUGGCCGUAAGCGGUUUGCUCAUCUGUCCGACUCACAGGACGAAAUUCACGUGGACGCCAACAUUCCAUGGGGCGAGGACACACUCUUUACGCUUGAGUUCCGCGCCGACGAGGAAGGUCGCUAUGCCCUUCAUACGUGCAACAACAAAUACCUCAACUCGAAUGGUAAGCUAGAAGUCCGCUGUUCUGAGGACUGUCUGUUUUCGGCCGAAUACCAUAGUGGGCAUUUGGCCCUGCGUGAUCGCCAUGGUCUAUACCUCUCGCCGAUUGGGUCGAAGGCAGUGCUGAAGUCACGCUCACAAACAGUCACCAGGGACGAGCUAUUCUCACUCGAGGACUCAUUGCCGCAGGCGUCAUUCAUUGCGGCGCUCAACAACAAGUAUGUGUCGGUGAAGCAGGGCGUUGAUGUGACCGCGAAUCAGGACGAGAUAGGCGAGAACGAGACGUUCCAGCUCGAGUUUGAUUGGUCGGCACACCGAUGGGCGCUACGCACCACGCAGGACCGCUAUUGGUGUCUGUCGACAGGUGGAGGUAUCCAGGCUACUGGCAAUCGUCGCUCCGCCGACGCACUGUUUGACCUUGAGUGGCACGGCGAUGGGUCGGUUUCAUUCCGCGCCAAUAAUGGCAAACUGUUGGCAACCAAGCGCUCCGGUCAUCUGUUCGCAACUGCCGAGGUCAUCGAAGAAACGACCAAGUUCUAUUUCUAUUUGAUCAAUCGGCCGAUUUUGGUGCUAAAAUGUGAGCAAGGCUUUGUCGGUUACCGUGCCCCGGGCAGCAACAAGCUCGAAUGCAACAAGGCCAUCUACGAGACGAUCUUGGUCGAGCGGGCUCAGAAAGGUAUCGUACAUUUCAAGGGACAAAACGGAAAGUACUGGCGGGUAGAUGGGGAAGGCAUUGCUGCUGAUUCAGAUGUGCAGUGUGACGGUUUCUUCAUCGAACUACGCGAACCCACGCGCAUUUGUCUACGCUCAAGUGAUGGACGUUACUUGGGAGCCACUAAGAACGGUACCUUCAAGCUGGUGGACACCGGUUACGAUACCGCUACUCAAUGGGAGUAUUAAAAAGAUCAUUCAAAGCAUCCUCGCUCAUUGAAAUUAAUGAAACACUCAAUCCAAUUAAUUCUCUCUAUUUAGAUAUUCGCUUGCUGAUAUUAUGAAAUUCAUUAUUUAUCAACUUUGUGAUUCCACUUUACCCCGAAUAGAUAUUCCUUGUCAAUUGCUUUGCUGUAACAGAUAAUCCUCGGAAUAAGGUUAGCUCCAUUUCGCCGUAUUAUUUGUCCAAAGCUUCCGAUCAAUGUGUAAUAACGGUAAACGUUUACACAGAAUAAAGGCUAAUCCGUCAGAUGUACGUAUUACACGAGUUUGCAGAAGAAUAAUAUAGGGAGAGGGAGUGAGGAGUCAGUAGUAAUGACGCUUCCACUUUUCAGAGCGAAAUGAAGAAAGCGAACAUCUAUCAAAUAUAUGUUCAUGCCCAGAAGAAAUAAAAUGCAAUUGAAUAUCUUUCGAAUAGUGGCAUUCAUGGAACAAACACAACAAUGAAGGGAAAUUAACUUUGACAUACCAAUUUUUUCACAGAGCACACGAACUCAUAUCUCAUUACGCUUUUUAUAGUGCAUGCCUGAAAAUAGCAAAGAUUGGAAAAUCAUGUAAAAUUGGAAUGUAGACGAUAAUACUUAUAAUUAUAAAAUGGGGACACUGUUCUUUCCUCAUCACCAUUCCCUCCAGACACUGCCUUUGUUCACAAUCCCGAUCUACAGUUACACAUAUUGUUCUGACAGUAGCGAAUAAUGUGAAGCUCGCAUAAAUACCUUCAUUCCACCUCAUUUCUGUAAUCCAAGUAUCUUCAGGCUGACAUUUGUUUUCUGUACCUCAAUAAUGUCGAAGCAUAUACACCUGACGAAGUAGCAACAAAUUGCUUGCUAAAUGAAAUUUGAGUUUAAUGUAAUUCAUAUUUGAAUUUGAAGAGCUAUUGCAGCUAAUUUCUAUAAAUCUAAAAAUUACAAUGGUGUGAUCUUUGCAUUUUCUUUCUGCAUUGCGAAUAAACGUCCCCGGGCGUUGUAUUGUAUACGAAGACACACCUUAUAGGAUCAGAGCAAGUUAUUACAACAUGAAUUGAUGCUUUGCUUACUAAAUUAAAUUUACAUUCGGGAAAUUACUGCUGUCGUCAGUUACAGCGAGAAAAGCAAACAUUACAAUAACACAGCAACAGUAUAGGUUCUCAUUUUGAGGGACAACUAUUUUUUUUAAAAUCUAUUGCUAUACGUAUGAAACAUUUAAAUAUUAACACCUUUCGCGUUUAUAUCGACACAGUGUGGUACACGAUGUUGAGGCUGUAGUACGUGUGAACUAUAAUAAUACGUGUGAGGUAUAAUACUACGAGAAGUUGUAUGCUAUCCAGAUAAAAUGAUCACACAGGAUUCGUCGCUGUGUCUCGUGGUAGGUGCAUUAUAUUAGGUAUGUGUAUUUAUCCAAACGUAUCCUCCUAUUAAGUCUAUCGUAUCCACACGCUCGCAUGAGCUGAAGGGAACUAUUAUUUAGUUGGGUACUACAUCCCAUAAAUAAAAUCUUACGCACAUCCCAUAGAGAUGUUAAAACCUUACCCUUUGCGAAAUCAACAAUUGAAGCUACCGACAACUGUGAAAGUUUGGCAUUGAAUUGGCAAAAGGAUGAGGGGCACUAUAUGAGUGCUUUGAUCGAGAAAAAAUUCAUUGAGGAAAUGUGUUUAGUGCUGGAAAAGAGGUAUUUGGUUCACGCGAAAUUGUUGGAUCGAAAUUUAACGCUCUUCCAGAAACUGUAAUACACGUUUCGUUAAAAAUGGUAUCAAUAGAGAAGAAAUAUACUUAAAUGUAAUAGACAAGACCCAAUAACGGUCCUGUUAUAUUAUACAUUUCGCAUCGCGCUUCUCCCAAUUGAAUGCUUUUGAUGGCUUCGAUAAAUCAUGGAAAUGUAACAUUGCGUGUGUGUUUUUGUCUGUGGGUAUGUGAAUGUAAGUGUUUCUAUGUUAAACUAUAACUUAUACAAGAACCAUCCAUGGUCACAGAAUCAAUAAAUCAUCAUCAUUAAUCGUGGUUU